CUAGGCUUAAGUAGCCAGAGAUGAGUCGUGGAUUUUCAGAAAACAAUAACUUUCCGUAUGACAACAAUCAAAUGGUUUUGGAUAUGAUCCUGUAUUCCCUAAUUGGUGUUCCUCAGCCUAUCAACUGGGACAGUGUGGCAAGACUAGUUCCAGGAUAUACAUCCAAAGAGUGUGCAAAAAGGUUUGAUGAACUGAAAAGCAGUGGAAGUUCACCUGUUGACAACCAGUAUAAUCCCCUGAUGGCCGCUGGUGGGAGUCCUGUGGAAACUUUAGCUACGUACAUCAAAUCCUCCUUGCUCGAUACACAGGCAGAGUUUCAGGAGCCUGCUAUUGGGCAGGAUUCCAUUACUAUAACUGGGAGGCCCAGCACAACCUCCACAAGGAAUUGUUCUUCAGAAUCUGAGAAAGGUCCUGUACAUAAAGGUGGAGAAAGCACUGACGAAAGCCAGGGGCCAAAUAUGGUGAUCCAUGUGUGCGAUGAAGCUAAAAACCUCAAAGAAGAUUUUGUGUGUCCUCGAGACCUUUUGAUUUCAGAAAUGAAAUACUUUGCUGAAUAUCUGUCAGUGGAUGCCCAGCGCUGGGAAGAGGUGGACAUUUCAGUGCACUGUGACGUUCAUAUCUUUGACUGGUUGAUAAGAUACGUUAAAAGGAACACUAAAGAUUCUGAAGCUAAUGAAAUGCCCACUUUAGAACCAUCAAAUGUCAUAUCAAUUCUUAUUUCUUCUGAGUUUUUGAAAAUGGAUUCGUUGGUAGAAGAAUGUAUUCAUUAUUGUCACAAAAAUAUGAAUGCUAUUGUAGCCACGCCUUGUAACAUGAAUUGUAUCAAUGCUAAUCUUGUCACACACAUUGCUGAUCUCUUCACGCACAAUGAAGUGGAAGAGUUGAAGGACAAAAGGGACAAAUUUAAGAGUAAACUUUUCUGCAAGAAGAUUGAGAGACUGUUUGAUCCAGAGUACCUAAAUCCAGAUUCUCGAGGAAAUGCAGCAACGUUAUACAGAUGUUGUUUAUGUAAAAAGCUGCUAACUAAAGAAACAGAGAGAAUAAUUCCUUGUGUACCAGGAAAAAUCAACAUAGAUCAACAUGGGAAUAUUGUCUAUGUUCAUAUAAGAGACAAAACCUGGGAAGUCCAUGAGUACUUAAUUGGCCUUCAUGAGGAACUGAAAUCUUGGCGGGAUGUUUAUUGGCGUCUUUGGGGGACUGUCAAUUGGUUGACCUGCUCAAGAUGUAACCAAUCUUUCCUGUGUACUGAAUUCUCCCAUUGCCAGUACCAUUCGCAGCCAGUUCUUUAUCCGGGUGUCGCAAGUGCCCUGGGCUCGACUGGGACAGGAGUAUAUCCCUGUUGUAACCAAAAAGUACUUCGAUUUGAUCCUACAACCCUCCCAAAGGGCUGUAAAGUGAGGGAUCACGUGGUUGACUUACCUUCAGGAAAUGAAGAUGGGAAUGAUUUGCCAUCUCGGACUACUAAAAUAUUGAAUGAUCUGCUCCAUCACAGAGAUGUUAUUGUUGUUCCUUUCACUAAGGAUGAGAACAGUGAUUCUGGUAUUGGGCUCUGUGAUGAAAAAGGCAUUGAAUGUGAUGUGCUUGUAGAACCAAAUACGCCGUGGGGUCCUAAAACUGGAGAAAUCAAUGCUUUUCUUUCUCUGAAGAACUGGACUUUACAGCUGAAACAGCAAUCACUGUUAUCUGAAGAAGAGGAGUAUACCACUGGCUCAGAGGUCACUGAGGAUGAAGUCGGGGAUGAAGAAGAAGUAUGCAGGAAACCAGGGAGAAAGGAGAAAUUAAAGAAAUCCUACAAGCACCCAAGGAAAGUGGUUUCUUCACCUAGUGUUCAGAAAAAGGAGAAGACAUCUGACAAGUCAAGUUCCCAAGAUGCAUCUCCAUUCAUUGUGAGUAUGCAGCAGAACAAAUGGGAUGCCUCCAGGUCACUAAGAUUCAACCAAGAUGCUCAAAGAGAAGAUGAUCAGAGAAGAAUGUCUGAGAUUACAGGGCACUUAAUAAAAAUGAGACUGGGAGACCUUGAUCGAGUCAAGUCAAAAGACAGCAAAGAAUAUGCAGGAGGCAUUUAUGCUAGACUUGAAGCUCAGAUAAAGGCCUCAGCGCAGGUCAGUGCACGACAAAACAAUGCUGAGAAGAAUACUAGGUCAAAAUCCCGUUUUGGUCAAGGCCGUCCAACAUAA